AUGAUUGGUGAAAUGGUUUAUGAUUUAAAAUUUUACAUGUUAAUGUUAACUAUAUUCAUAUUAACAUAUGGUGUACCUACAUAUAGUUUACUCUAUGGUGUUCAAAAAUUUUCUUGGCAUACUCCACGUGCUAUUUUAAAUUUAGCUUAUUGGCAAAUAUUUGGUGAAUUAGAAGUUCUAGACGAUAUUGAAAAAAACUAUGAAAUAACUGGUUAUGUUGUAUUUAUAUUAUUAAUUGCUUAUAUGACAGUAGCAAGUGUUCUUUUAAUUAAUCUUCUUAUCGCUAUGUUUAGUAAUACAUUUGAUCGUUUACAAUUAGAUACAGAUUGUAUAUGGAAAUUUCAACAUUAUUCAUAUGUAUGUUAUCAUUUAACUCUUCCAUCACUUCCUCCACCAUUAAUUAUAUUUUCACAUAUUUAUCGUGUAAUAAUCUAUAUUUUUUCACAUAAAUUUAAAAUCGAAUGGUUUUAUCAAAAAUAUAUUCAACAUACGAAUCGAUCGAAAUUUAAAAUAAUUGCUGAUGAAAUGUUAACGAAAACAAUUGAAUCUAUUGAAGAUGCUUUAGGAAAUGAAGUUUAUUUUUUUUCAUUAAAAACUGAUCGAAAAGAAAUUAAUCAAUCAACUGAUUUAAAUGAAGAACGAGUACAUUCUCCACAAGAAAUUCUUAUAAAUAAAAUUAAAACACUUGAAAAUCAAGUUCAAAUAAUACAAAAUCAACAAAGUAAUAUGUUUGAAUAUUUGAAAUAUUUAAUGAAUGGAAUCAAAAAAAUUGGUGGUGAUGAUAUUGAAAUGCCCAAAGUAUUACAUCAAAAUUCUGAAUUACUUUAUGAUACAUCAAAUUAUUAUUAUUUAUUUUGUUAUAAUGAUUUUUGUAUAUAUCAUAGUGAUUCCGAUCUUCAACUUGAACAUAUUAAUGUUUAUUAUAAUGAAACAACGAAAAUGGAAUAUAUUCCUUGUGUUGUUCUUAUCAAUCUUGAACGAAAGACUAUAGAUUCAGUUCGUAGUGAUCCGUUUGAUCAACUAUUUCGAUCAAAUAAUUUCAUUUAUAAAACUCAAUUAUGUGGUUGCCUUCAAGGUUUUCAAAUGUGUCAUUCACUUGACAAUAGAAUUGAAUCAGGUAUAAUGAUGAGAUUCAAUGUAAUUCCAUCAUCAAAAGUCUCGGAAAUUGUUGUUGAACCAACUAUUUUUCAUGAUCGAAUAUCAAUGAAAGAAGUUGAUCAACACAUGUUAAAUAUUUUAAAUAAAAAUUCAUCCUAUUUUGUUGAUUGA